UAUCGUGUUUGCCGCUGUUGGUGCUGUUGCCAGUGCCUUGGAAGAGGAAUUCCUCAAGUAUAUGGAAUCCUUCACUCCGUUCCUCUACAACGCCCUCGGCAACCACGAGGAGCCGGGUCUCUGCUCUCUGGGUGUGGGCCUGGUUGGCGAUAUCACCCGCGCCUUGAACGAGAAAGUCCAGCCCUUCUGCGAUACUUUCAUGAAUCACCUGCUCAACAUCCUGACCAGCAGCGGCCUCCGAGACACGCUGAAGCCGUCCGUUCUCGUGACCUUCGGCGACAUUGCCCAGGCUAUCGGAACGCAGUUCAGCACUUACCUCUCUGUGGUUGGCCAGGUUCUUCAACAGGCUUCGACCGUGACCCUGGCUAACGAUGUGGAUGCUGAUACUGUUCACUAUGUGAUUUCGCUUCGUGAGGGUAUUAUGGAUGCUUGGGGAGGCAUUCUCUUGGCGUACAAGGGAACACCUCAGGUCGUCACUUUGCAACCCUACGUGGAAAGCAUCUUCCAACUGCUCCACAUCAUUUCCCAGGAUCCUCAUCGCAGUGAGGGUCUGAUGAGGUCCGCCAUGGGAGUCCUUGGUGAUGUGUCCGAUGCCUUCCCUAAUGGCGAGUUCGCUGCUUACUUCCGCAACGACUGGGUCACGGCCUUUGUGCGCGAGGUCAGGAACACCCCUACAUAUGGGGCGCGGACUAUCGACACUGCUCGUUGGGCGCGGGAGCAGGUCAAGCGUCAGAUCAACCUGGCGACUGCUGCGGCCAUGUCGUGA